AUGUCGAGCCCAAGACAAUUUUCCGAGAACUUUGGUCGUUUCUGGACGUGGAUGACUCCGAGCGUUGACAAGAGACUAGAGCCCAUCAAGACCGAAAUAGGCCUGAGAGGGCUGUCUGGACGCAUUAUAGAAAUCGGUGCAGGUGCAGGUCCCAACUUUAAGUAUUACAAUCCAAGCAAAGUUGAUCAUGUCACAGCUAUCGAGCCCAAUGCUGUCAUGCAUGCCAAGCUCACUGAAGAAGCUGCCAAACAUGGAUUCACAAAAGAAAAGGGAAACUUGACAAUUCUAUUACAAGCACUGGAAGAUGUUGUGAUCGCACCUGAAAGUGCCGAUGCUAUAGUCUCAACCUUGGUAUUAUGCUCUGUCACAUCUCUACCUGGAUCUGCCAAACAACUCGCCUCAUGGCUCAAACCCGGUGGAAAACUGUUGUUUCUGGAACACGUCGCUUACAAACCAAACACUUUUGGGCUCUCCUUUCAAAAAUAUAUUCGAGAUGGGUGGGCCUAUAUAGGUGAUGGAUGCGACUUGACUCGACAAACACAUGAAGUGCUGAAAUCAGAUGGUAAUCUGGAUGUUACCAUCCUCGGGGAUCAGAGAGACACGGUGUAUUCCAUUGCACCUCAAGUGUGGGGCUUUGCUACUAAAAGCAAGCUCUGA